GGAAAACGCAUUUUCCACUUGGUUUUGCUACGUCCCACCAGCGAAUUCCUGAGUGACAUCAUCCUUCCGUUUCUUUUUAUAAAAUUUGUGGCAUAACGUGAUCACAAGUAAUGGAAAAUAUUUGAGAAUUCCUGUGAACUUUGGCAUUCUUGAAUGGAAAUUGCUCAUAGACAUUUCUCCGUCAUCUCCAAGGCUCCAAAACGAAAUUUUUUAACACUUUAGGAGUAGAUUCACGAAGUUUCAAGGUUAUGUCCUUUCUGCAUUUUCAGGAGUUCAUGCAGCAGUAAAUGGUGGUUUUAUAACUCGUGAAGAGUGUAGGACACAAUCGGGAUUGUUUCUUAUAUAUUUGUCGAUGGGAUUUAUUGAUGAUGAGCUCAAAGAAAUUUCAAAACUCUGUGAAAAUGUCGUUGAAGGUAGCAAACUUGUCUGCUGUGUGCCAACUCAGGUCAGAGUGGAAAUAACGAAAACAUCGUUCAAGAAAAUUAUAACUUGCAUACAGUUCUCUGAAGGCUAUCCUGCAGACGUGCUUCUUAUUGAAUUAAAAAGUAAAACUUUGUCGCCAAAGUUAUUAUUGGGUUUAACUGAAGUUUGUGAGAAAGAGUGCAAGAAUCGUUUGGGAAGGGCACAGGUUUUGCCAACUCUGAAAUUCAUAAAGAAUUUUAUUGACGAAAAUCCGUUGAUUUGUUGCUACGAUGAAAUCAACUCCGUAAAAGAGCUCCUCAAGGAGACAGACAGUCUCAAAUUGCGACAAAAAUCAUCGACAAUAAAUCUCGAGGUGCACCAAGGUCUCUAUUACUACAAAGCAAAGCUCUUCGUGCCAGACGAUUAUCCUUUGUCAUCAGUGAGCAUCAAUUCAGACGCCGAGACUAAUCUCCCUCCUCUGUUCGUUCGUUUCCUCUGGGGCCAGGGAAGAGAAUUAGGACGUAAAUGUGUCGAGCCUCCACUGAGGAAAAAGCCGAAUCAGAUAUUCACACCUUCUCCUUCUCUCAAGACAGUUGCGUCAUUCUUAAUAACAACUGUAAAACAAAUUCCAAACGAGCACUGUCAGCUCUGCAAGUCAGAAUGCCUUCCCCCAAAUCCAGAGGAGGCUGUUGUAGACGAAAAUGCAGAUACGCAUGUGGAGAAAUUGUACUGUGGUCAUCUGUUCCAUUUGAAGUGCUUCAGAACAUAUAUGAACACUCCUCCAUUCCAUGGGGGUAAAAAAUGUCCGGGCUGUGGACAGCGUGUCUACCACGAUAAAUGGGGACUGACUGAUAAACUCGCCGAAGACAGAUGGGCACAUGCACAGGCUCGUGCUCGAGAGCUCGCCGAAGUCGUUGAUUUCUUCGAGUGAUACACGAGUCAUCGAUGAGCAAGUGCAUCAUUUCGAAUUCCGUGCAAUUUACAAGGUUCGUUGCAACUCAUUGACAGUGAAGUGAUGUGGAAAAUAAAUUAAGAUUCAGUACCUGUUUUUUAUUUAAUUGAAUAAACAACAGCAAAGGGGAAAUAAA